AUGUCGUCGACAAGGUCGAAGAGAGCCAGUGCACGCAUUCGAAAGAGACCCAUCAGCUUUGGCAACCCGGCUCUUGGAACCUAUCAUGGCGAUGUAUACACGGUCGAAGGUGACCACGAUAACAUUGGCACCCAGCUUCUAGCGGAAGGCGUAGUGACCGCCAACAAUUUAGUUGCCAUGGUCGAUGUGCCACCAGAGCAGGUACCCGAAGGCGUAUUGAAUUUGGCGCGUUCCCAUCGACCGUUGAUUGACCAUAUGCGCGUAGUUAUUGCGGAAGGAAAUGGCCAGGUCGAGGCCGUACAUCGGUCUACAGAGACCGAUGUGGUUAGCGAAGAGGCAAGAGGGAAACCGCUCGCUUCCUACACCUUCGCUGGCGUCAAUGCCGCUUCCAUUUUAGCUUCUGACGUUGAAGUGUCGGAAGCUGCGAUUGAUCCAAAAGCGCACAUGGAGCAAUUACUGGAAGACGAUGGAGCCGAGCACCAUCCAUGUCGAACAUACCUUGUCUUGCUAGAAGCAUGCUCGCCCGAAGCCGCAAAGGACCUUGUGCAAGACUUGCGUGGAAUGCCUUAUACAUUUCUAGACGAGACACAAACUUGCAGCGUUUUCCACGUUGUGGCACUAGAAGGGGCCGACGGAGUUUCCCUCAUGUCCCCUUUCUUCGCGCCGUCCACAAAAGCGACAGACAAUGGGCACUUGGAAAUUUCAUCGUCUCAUUCAAGUGACUCCCGAAUGGAGGCAAGAAAUCGCUGCGGGAGCGUUGAUUGUAAAUCUGGAGAAUCUGAGCACCCUUCAGGGCAGCACCAACGCUCGGAAGAUUACAAUUGCGCAGUCUGCCUAGAGCAUAUGGACAUGACCUAUCCCAGAUCUGGCGAACGGACCUCAAUUUUGACAACAGUCUGUAAUCAUUCGUUUCAUAUGGAUUGCUUGCUGCAAUGGCAGGACUCUCCCUGUCCGGUUUGUCGCUUUGAUCAUUCUGGUUUGAACGAGGCGUUGUCACAGUGCCACCUAUGCGGAAGUACCGCCCACAACUACGUUUGUUUGAUAUGUGGUAUUGUGUCGUGCAGCGGAGGGCCCCGCUCCUCUAGUGCUGCUGCUGAUACGGAGACGCAGCAUGUAUGGGACUUUGCCGGUCAAGGGUACGUGCAUCGCCUCUUACAAAACAAAGAGGACGGGAAACUAGUAGAAGUACACGAUCCCUAUAACACCACUUCCCAAGAACGUUCGCUAAGUCCUGGUUUGAGCGAAUCGCAAGAAGGAGAAGUUGUGCAUCGCAAGCUAGAGGGGUUUGCUAGUCAAUACUAUACAUUGCUGAAAUCGCAAUUAGAGCAGCAACGUAUUUUUUAUGAAGGUCGAUUGGAAGAGAUUCGACGCGAUUACGACGUGGCGAAGCCUCUUAAAAAGUCGACCGACCUGAUUGCUGCUCUAAAACAAGAGCGCAAUCAACUUUCGCAGCGACUAGUUACGCUAGAGACGCGUCGACGAAAAGUGCUGGAAGACGUUUCCUUUCUCGUCAGUAUGAAUGAGAGCCUGGUAGCCAACAAGGAACCACUCAGGCGACAGAUCGAAGAAGCUCAACAACAAAGCUUAAAUGCUCGUCGUACCUUCGAAGAACUUUUACAGCCAUUGCAGGAUAAGGUCACGGCUCUGAUGUUACAGCUGGAGGAUGAGGAAAGCGAUAAAAAGCCAGCAGCUCUAUGA